AUGUCUGCUCAUGAGAACAACAUGAGGGACAGGAAGAGGUUGUUGGAACAGUUGAAUGAAAUGACCCAGGCAGCAGCCAGAAUGGAGAAGAAGGAGAAUAUCACCAAGUUCACUGACGUGAUGGAGUAUGAUCCAGACACAAGCAGCUGCUAUAUCCCAGGACUCUGGCAUGGGACUCCCCCUAUGGCUCCAGUCAAUGCAGGCUACAGUGAGGCGGUGUACAGCUUCAAGAAGACCUUGAUGCAAGAUUUUAGAAUAUGUAAGAGAAAAUUAUGACUUGACAGAUUUCCUUAAAUGGACACAAAGCUUGUGGGAGGCAGUGAAAUUUGAGAAAUUCAUCUUCAGUUUCAGAAACAGCUUGGUUGCAGAUGCAUACUCCAGAUUAUGCUCUGAAUACAAUGGUUGGGAAUGGGCCUUCCAGAAGGAGAUGUAUUCCUGGAUGGUGAGUGCUGAAACUAAAAUGUCCAAUAUUGUCAUGACAGAUCAAUAUCCCCAGAGGUCCAUAAAAGAUGUGCAAAAAGACUUGUUGAGAGAAGCAUCUAAGAAGCUUGCAUGGGGAGAAAAGGAAAUCCAAGACAAUCUAGUAAAAUACUUUGAAAAGGAAGAUGGCCAUGUCAAUCUGGUGGAAAAAUACAAGGAGGACUUCGUGUGUAGUGCUAAAACACUGAGACGAGAGACAGAAAACACAGUGAAGAACAAACUGCAAGGAACUGUUGAAAUCAAAGAGGGAAUGACAGAACUGAACAUCAUCAAGUGCUCUCAGACAAGUACAAUGGAGAAAAAGGUACUAGAUUUGCUUCAGAAUUGUAGACAGGAAAAAUCUGAUCUAUCAUAUAAGGCACUCAGUAAAGAGUUUGAAAUCAUGUGGAAGAAAACUCUUUCUGAGAUACACUUCAAAGGACUCCCACAACGAGAUGUGGCUCAAGAUGCCUUCCUUAUGUUAAGAGGAAAUCUAUCAACAAGGGGUGGGCAUGUCAAUAGCAUGGUGGUUCGAAACAAUCUGGUGGAUUGUGGUAAAAAGGAAUUUGCUGUGGAAUCUGGGGGUUUAGGGAAGAAAAUUGGGGGCUUAUUUAUGCACAGGAAUAGUGACCAUUACAGAAAGAAACUACAAGAGUUGUGUGAUGACAUCAUAACACGCUGUCAGGACUUGAUAACACAGGUGGAAAACAAAACAGAUUACGAUGACACUUACAUCAAAGAGCUGCUGAACAACAUUGAUGAAACAUUGCAACAACACAAGAAUGUUAAAGUCAGUGAGGAAUGUGAGGUUUCUCCGAAGCUACACAUCUGUGGCAGAGCAGCCAGAGAGUUUCAGAAGAUGCAUUAUGAUUUCAUUGAACUUAAUGACCCAAGGAAUUGUCUGGAACAGUCUAAGAGCAAGUACCUUACUGAGUUCAUAGACUUAUUUCAUAACCGAGACCAGUGCCUAAAGAAAGCUGAGGAGUUCUCAAAGCUCUUACAGCCAGCUGUACAGGACUAUGUGACCAAAAUGAUUGGUCCUGAUGUGGUUGAUGAAAUGAAGACAGGUAAAGGAUCAGAGGAGUACAGCACACGGACGGCCUUCCAGUUCUCCAUUUUGAAACAACUCCUGACAGAUGGAGAAUAUGAGAAAUAUAAAGGGUACAUAAAGCAUUAUGAAAAGUUUGUGAAGGACUGGCUGUUUGAUCAGAUUGUCCAACAAUUGUCAAAGGACAGCUGUCUGGAGAAAUUGGAGAAGAAACAUCUUGCAGAGAUAGUCAAGAAGAUCACUGGCGCAAUCAGAGAAACAACUGGCAUAAACAAUUUAAAUGAUGUCAAGACAUUCAUUAAGAACAUCUGCAGCGCCCUUGAAGAGAAGCUGGUCCUCAAGGAUGCUCUAGAUUCCAUCUUGAUUCUGAACACUGCAGACACAAAACAGUUUUCUGACUACCUUAUCGAGUUUGUGAGAGAAAUGGAGCAGUCACUGGCAGCUACGUACGACAAGGGAAGAGAUAUCAAAAAGAGACUCAAAUCUCUGCCAUACAAGCCUCAGGACAAGAUGUUCACCAGUCUGUUUGGCUGUGGCAAGCAAUGUCCUUUCUGCGGUGUACCCUGUGAAGCAGGGGGGAAGGAUCAUGCCAAACACUUUACAUCUAUUCAUCGUCCACAAGGUCUAAAUGGUGUAAAGUUCAUACCUACAAAUAAGUUAGUAAUUAACAUAUGUUCCUCUGAUGUGACCAGUAAUUUAACAUUCAUCAACACUCUAACGGGAGAGAAGGGUCACCCCUUCAAGGACUACCAGAAAUAUUACCCUGACUGGAUCAUAACUGGAGAUUCCCAGCAUUGA